GCAAAAGAAAGGGAAGUAAAGCAGGAGCUGUCACAGUUUUAAAACUAAAUGAAAACAAUAUUUUAAUCAUAGCUGUUAAGGUUUCUCUCAAGUCCGAAGAGAAACAUGUAAAGUGAAGAGGAGAAGAACUUUGGAAAACUGAAGUUCAUGUAGAUGGACAAGAAAGAGGAGAAUCAAAAAGAGAAGAGCUGAGGAGGCAUUGAAGAGGGCCAGAGGCAGAUAAUAACAAAACAUAUCUGCAAAGCUGAUCAAUAAAAAGAGAUAAUUUGUGAGUCACAGAGAGAAGAUAUAAAGGAUUGUUAAAUAUUCAGAGGAUUCAAGAAAUAUCAAAGAUUCCAUGCACUAUGUAUGUAACUUUUUCUUUUAAUUAACAUUUUAUGCAAAAUAAGUAAUAUAAAGGCUAUAGUGCAUUUCUCUUCUGAAGACUGCAAGAACUUAUGCAAUUAUUUUUUGACUGCGUACUUCAGAAGAAUUGAAAGAUUAAUAAUCCUGUAAGCUAAGAAUUACCUCAAACCUGUGAUAUCUGCCAAAGCUGCAAUUCUUGGAUGCCCUUCAGGUGCCUGUUCAAUGAAAUUUCACAUGGUGUCACACUUCAUAUAUAAUUGCAACUAAUUUUGUAAAUGAAGAGCAGCUGGAGUUGGAUUUCAAAAAGAUUUCCGCCAUAAGAUCCUGGACAUCUCAUGGUUAUGAGACUUGAAAUGAAAAUAUAAACUGAAGACAUAAAUUAAAGUAUGAAAGCUGAUUACCUGUGUCACUGACCAAGACAUUGGUUAAAACAACUGUUGAGAAUUUAUUGUACUGGUAUUCAACUGUUUCAUCGAAAUUUUCUUAAACUGCAAUUCAUUGAAAUUAGAAGCAUAUGUCUCAAAUAUAAACUGAUAUGUCUCAAAUAUGUGGCCAAUGAAGUUUUAAUUGGCAUUAUUCAUAAAAAAUAAAUUUUUUAGCUUUUAUGGAAGUGAACGAAGGAGCCUAACUGACAGGUCUGGAACAUAUUGCUAACAACAGAUCAACCCAGUGCUGGAUGGGGACUGACAUUUGGACAAGCAGAAUGUUUUCAUGUUAAGAAACUCUAAAUAAUCCAGAGAAAAGGGUCAUAGUGAACCUGAGAGACUUGAAAGAAAGCUGAAAAUGUCAUCAAACCUUGGAGACAGCCUGACCAACAUGGAUUGGCUGCCACAAUUGGCCCUGAAAAAGCACAGCGAAGGAAAACUUGCAGGAGAGCAUCAAAGCACUAAUGUGAAUAAUGAAGGCAUUUCAAAGCCUCCCCACAGCUAUGCCACUCUGAUUGGUGCUGCCAUUGCAUCUACACCCAAUGGCAGGAUGAGCCUGAAUGACAUAUACAGCUGGAUUUGUGAGAAGUACCCGUACUACCGGACUGCUGGUUCUGGCUGGAAGAAUUCAAUUCGACAUAAUCUUUCCCUGAACAAGUGCUUUCGGAAGAUCCCUCGCCCUCGAGAUGACCCUGGAAAGGGCUCAUAUUGGACCAUUGACAGCUCCCCAAAGGAAGACUCUCCUCUCACUCUUGGAGUAAAACGAGCAAAUCCCUUUGAGCAAGAGACAUCUCAAGAUUCUUUACCAGAGCAAGAGGGAGUUGUAAGUCAAAGUGACAAUGAAUGCAGCAAUUCUCUUAAUGAAGAUAAACAAUUUGAACCUCCUCCCUGCAAGGUCCCAUGCCUUUCCCUUGGCCCCGUUUAUCUCCAAGAAGAUUCUAUACCAAUAUCAGCACCCACAGACAAGCAAGGAGAACCCUUGUUGAAUCAUCCACUGUGUACUGAAACAGAUGAUUCUCAGCACGGAGGUCCUUUGAGAUUUUCAUUCACAGAGCUGCAUCUUCAGGACCUUGAGUCAUCUUUCAAAAGUCUAUGCAAGACAGUGCUAGAGAAGUCCACAGUUCAAGGAGAUUGCAGUUUCCAGUCUUGUAAAAACCCUUGUACGUUUUCUUUACCUCGAACACCUCAAACACCACUUCAUACUCCAACAGUUCCCACAUUUCCUACAGACAUCCAGCAAUGUUCUAGUAACUUAGUUUUAGAUAUGAACGCAAUACACCCUGAACCAAAAACCCCACUAACGACUUCUGGAAUACCAGUCCCACCUGACUGGUUUUCUAAUAUUGGCAGCCUUAAAGAAAGUUUUCAGGCAGUGAAUAAUCUUGACUGGUCUUCUAUCAAUCUUUCUCAAUUUCCAGAUCUUGUUGAGAGUAUGAGACAAGCAGAACAUUCCAACUGGCUUCUGGACCCAUCGCUGUUUACAUCCCUUUGUGAUUCACUCAACAAUUUCUUUACCCAAACUGGCCUCAUCAACUCCCAAAAUACACAAUUACAUGCUGGACAUACUGCUACUUUUGUUUCCCCACCUGUGCAGUCACAAAGUGGAUCAAUUAGUGUGCCAUGCGAACUCAUUUCACCUAUUAAUACGUCUUUCCAGAUAGGAACUGAACCAGUCCAGAAUCCAACAGGAAAUGUUUCUAUCUUUGUGCAGUCGAGGUACCACACACCUACUUCGACAAAUGGGCAUCCAGUGGAAGGGUUUCCAUUACAGGACCUGACAGGACAAUUUACUGUUCCCAACUGCCUAGCAGGUACUACACCAGGGAGCUCUACAAUGUCUUCUCGGCCUCCACCCUUUCCAGUGCAGCUUUCAAAAUAUAUUCGUAAAGGAAACAGUGAGGAGAUUGCUGAUGAUUUUGACUGGGAUCAGUUGCUAAAUUAAACUGGAAUUAGUACAACUGAAAAUAUUGUUUUUUGUAAAUGACUUAAGAGGAAGAAAAGAUAAUUCAAAGUCCAAUAAGGAAAACAUAAUAUCUAAAGAUGGUUGCUGUUUUAAAGACUUCCUUUUAUAAAGCUGGCAUGGGUGUCAUGAAUCAGUUCAUUCACUUGUAUUUACUGUGUACUUGAACAACCAUGAAUGGAUGACUGCUAUCAUCUUGAAUGAGCAACAAUUUAAACAACAUUUCAAAGCAGCAAAGAAUGGAACUAUGGUAAAAACAUUUAUUUGCCUUUAAUCAGCAGCAAUAUUAACAUUAGCAUUAUAAGCUUAUAUAUCUUAUAAAGAAAUGUAAAACCUGUUUGUAAAGCAUUACAUUCCACAAUAUCCCAAAUGGCAUACAAGAUAAUCAUUACUCAUCCAGGAUACUGAAUAACUGUAAUAAUAACUUUAAAAAUAUGGUACCUGUAAGGCGAGGAUGUUUAUGUUUAUUAUUUGUAGUAUGUGUUUUU